AUGGCGAGUCUACUUGACUCACUGACAACCAGAGGCUUCUUCUCUCCCUCAAUUUCUAAGAUUUCUUCUCCUUUAGCCUCUUCUUCUUCUUCGUUUGCUUCUUCGCUAUCAUCAUCUUCUUCUUCGAUUUUCCCAUCCUUUUUCCCUCCUUCCGUUCUCUCUUACUCUCACCAACAGUCGCAUUCCCGCUUCCCUUUCCCUGUUGCAGCAGCUCUCGAUGGUCCCUCCGUCGAGGACGAGCUAGAUUUCGAAGAAGUUUCUGACGACAAUUACGCUGAUGAUUCGGAUGAGGAAGACGUCUCCCUCGAUAUCUCCAUUCUCGAAAAAGAAGCCAGAGACAUCGUUAGAGAUUACGCUUCUACUUUAUCUCGCGAGCUAAAACUCGAGGAUGAGAUUGUUGAGGGGAAGGAAUCACGUAGAAAAGGGAAACGGCAAGCUAAAACCACGCAGAUACCAGAGCAUCUUCUCCAGAGAGUCGCCAUAGUUGGAAGGCCUAAUGUUGGCAAAUCAGCAUUGUUCAACCGUCUUGUUGGGGAGAAUAAAGCAAUUGUAGUGGAUGAGCCUGGAGUUACUAGGGACCGAUUGUACGGUAGAUCGUAUUGGGGUGAUCAAGAAUUUGUGGUGGUAGACACAGGAGGUGUUAUGACUGUUUCAAAGUCACCAGCUGGCGUCAUGGAAGAGCUCAAUGUAUCAACCACCAUUGGCAUGGAAGGUAUUCCACUAAGAUCAAGGGAGGCAGCUGUUGCAAGAAUGCCAUCCAUGAUUGAGAAACAAGCUACAGCGGCUGUGGACGAAUCAGCUGUUAUUGUCUUCGUUGUCGAUGGCCAGUCAGGGCCGACGGGUGCUGAUGUGGAAAUUGCAGACUGGUUGCGAAAGUACUACUCACAUAAGAAUAUCAUUCUCGCGGUGAACAAGUGUGAGUCACCACGUAAAGGACUCAUGCAGGCUUCUGAAUUUUGGUCUCUAGGGUUUUCACCUAUCCCUAUCUCUGCAUUGUCGGGAACUGGAACAGGAGAGCUGCUUGAUCUUGUUUGUUCAGGGCUAAUUAAACUAGAGAUCAUGGAGAACGUGGAAGAGGAGGAAGAAGAAAACUACAUUCCUGCCAUUGCAAUUAUUGGUCGGCCAAAUGUUGGCAAAAGUAGCAUUUUGAAUGCACUUGUCCGGGAGGAUCGAACAAUUGUUAGCCCUGUUAGUGGCACUACUCGUGAUGCUAUAGAUGCAGAAUUUACUGGACCAGAUGGGGAGAAGUUUCGGCUUAUAGAUACGGCUGGGAUCAGGAAGAAGGCAGCUGUGGCUUCAUCAGGCAGCACUACAGAGGCCCUGUCAGUGAAUCGUGCAUUCCGAGCAAUUCGUCGAUCUGACGUUGUUGCUCUUGUCAUUGAAGCCAUGGCAUGCAUAACAGAGCAGGAUAUGAAGAUUGCAGAAAGAAUAGAAAGAGAAGGGAAAGGGUGUCUGGUAGUUGUCAACAAAUGGGAUACAAUACCAAACAAAAACCAACAGACUGCAGCAAAUUACGAGGACGAUGUUCGUGAGAAGCUACGUUCCCUCAAAUGGGCACCCAUUGUCUAUUCAACUGCAAUCACUGGCCAUAGCGUUGACAAUAUUGUGGUUGCUGCUGCGACGGUUCAAAAGGAGAGAUCAAGAAGACUUAGUACAGCGAUAUUGAACCAAGUGAUAAGAGAAGCGGUUGCAUUUAAAUCCCCUCCAAGAACCCGAGGUGGCAAACGAGGCCGCGUUUAUUAUUGCACUCAGGCAGCGAUAAGGCCACCGACGUUUGUUUUCUUUGUAAACGAUUCAAAGCUGUUCUCGGAUACGUACAGAAGAUAUAUGGAGAAGCAGCUACGCACUGAUGCAGGCUUUGCUGGCACUCCUAUUCGUCUUCUUUGGCGCAGCCGUAAAAGAUCUGACAAAAAUGGAGGUGGAGGAACAAUGAGAAUGGCAGGUCUCACACGUGAGAGAAAUCUUGCAACCAAAGGGACAUAA